UUUUGAUUUAGCUCGUUUUUUUUUUAAAUUUGUAAGAUAAUAUACCUAAAUAGUGACAAUGCAAGCAGCGACGGUACCACUGGCCUGUUUCCUUUCGCUAAUACGGCCGCCCGGGGUCCAGUUCGAGAACGCCCUGCUACAAAUAGCGCCGAUCAACAAAGGGAAAUGCCCCUUCGUCAGGGACAACCAUGAUGUCGUCUUCCAGUUGUACACAAGACACAAUCCGUCAGUGGCGCACAGUUUGCUGAUAGACGACGACGAGAGGCUGUUCGCGUCGAGCAUGGACUUCCACGACCCCACCGUCAUAUACUUCCACGCCUUCAUGGAGACGCCCGACGACGGCAGCGCGCUCAUCGUCAGAGAGGCGUAUACGCACCGGGGGGACACAAACGUGAUAGUGGUGGACGCCCAGCGCCUGGAGGCCGGGCCGUGGUACUUCAAGGCGGCCGAGAACACGUGGUACAUUGGGAGGAUCGCCGCGCAGUUCAUAGACUACUUGGUUUCCAGAGGUCUGAAACUGUCAAAGACGCAUCUGGUGGGCCACAGCCUGGGCGCCCAGGCAGCGGGGGUCGCCGGUGGAUCGAUACAAUCAGGUCUCGUCUCUCGGAUAACGGGCUUGGACCCGGCCUUGCCCCUGUUCGACAAGCUGUCUCUGUCGCAGCGCCUUGACCCGUCCGACGCAGAGUUUGUCGACGCCAUUCACACGGACGCUGGGAUAUUCGGUUUCAAGCAGCAAGUGGGCCACGUGGACUUCUAUCCCAACGGUGGGAUCAGCCCCCAGCCGGGCUGCGAGCUGGAGGUGGUCAUACCCCAGCAGCUGGUGCUCAACAAAUUUUUCUGCAGCCACUGGCGCUCCUACAUGUACUACAGCGAGUCGGUGCUGCACCCCAAGUCGUUCGUCGCGUCGCGUUGCCCCUCGUUUAAGGAGUACGCGCGAGGGUUCUGCGCAAGGGGGCCCACCACCCACAUGGGCUUCGGAGUCGAUCGAGAGUAAUACAGCCAUUAAACUGAAAAGCUUUUUAGUGUUUUAUCUGCAAGACAAUACUUCGAACACUUC